AUGAUGAUUGAGCUGCAAAGCCCGGAUGAUAGAGGAGGAGGGGGAGGCGUUGGGUACUUGGACAUACUGAGCACAGAGGAGCUUGAGUGUAAGAUCUGCUACUGCGCCUACAAUCUGAACAGCCGCCGUCCGAAAGUGCUCGAUUGCUGCCACCGUCUUUGCGCCAAAUGUCUCACCAAGAUCCUUGACCUUGGUGAGUCGCCUCCGAACGUCGUGGUGUGUCCGUUCUGCCGAUACGUCACCAGACUACCUGGGCAGGAAGUGAGCAGCCUGCCAGAUGAUUGCAACCUGUUGGGGGCGCUGUCCCUCCGAAGCAGGAACCAGAGGAACGUCCACUUCCACCAGGAGGCGACGACAGAACUGCUCCUCAACCCCCGGCACCUCAACUCUCUGAUGGGAAGUAAUCCACCCAUGACAUCCCCUUUCUCCUCCUCCUCUUCGUCCUCGUCUUCUUCUUCCUCCACCACUUACUCCUCCAUACGAGGGUCCUCUAACUUUGUGGUGAUCACAAUCAUGGAGCCGCCGCCGCCAAUACCCACAUCCAACCGAGGAGAAGUCCACCAUCACGGAUCGGACUACCGCUCCUCCAGCCUGGACUCCAUGGCGUCCAUCACUCAGAGGUGGACCAUGUGGAAUUGUGCCGCCCUGCUUUGUCAAACCUCCGCCCGAGCGCUGGUGUGGGUUUUGGGGUUGCUGUACUUCAGCUCACUGCCCAUGGGGGUCUACCUGCUCAUCAUGCAGAAGACCACGGUCGGAGUCCUGCUGGUAAGCCUGGUUCCCGCCAGCCUGGUCAUAAUCAUGGUCUACGGACUGUGCCAGUGUAUCUGCCACGAGCUGUGGGACUGCAUGCCUCCAUAA